GGUGAAAGUCAAGCUGUCAAACCAGACGGUGGGUUAAACUGGAAUUUUAUUAUGAACAUGUAGCAAAUGAAAAUUGCUUAUUAUACCUGAUAAUUAAACCACUAUUUAAAGACAUUGUUGAACCACAUGUAAUUGAAUUUCAUUUGGCAAGCAUGAAUAUAUAAUAUAAAAUCAAUGUUAUAUAUUUCAUCAAUGUUGCUAAUUUAGUACACCGCCAUAGAAUAAUAGUGAGUAAAACCAAGUUUUGCUUCUUGUGUCAUUACGUGGAAUCGAAAGUUUAUUCUCACCCAUGCUCAACGAUGGCAGCGAACUAUGCUAGUUUAUUAGCGAUAGUGACCACUGGAAUAUUACUGCGAGCUGCUAUAUCUUUGCAUUCAUAUUCUGGUGAAGCAACUCCGCCUAUGUUUGGUGAUUUUGAAGCACAGCGGCAUUGGCAAGAAAUCACCGUGAAUCUUCGUACUGAAGAUUGGUACCGGAACACGACGGAUAACGAUUUACAGUACUGGGGUUUGGACUAUCCUCCUCUAACGGCAUAUCACAGCUAUUUGCUUGGCAAAUGGGCCGAACUAGAAAAUGAGUCCUACGUAAAGUUACACGACUCACGUGGAAUUACGACCCCAGAGCAUAAACAUUUCAUGCGAAGCACUGUUCUGUUGGCAGAUGUGUUGCUAUACAUCCCGGCCAUUCUGAUCGCCUGUUACACAGUCCGACGGAAAGUUACCGGCGGUAAUGUUACUGGAAGUGAUCUAAUAUGCAUCAUGUUUGCGGUGCUGUUUCCCGGGCAGAUACUAAUCGACAAUGGACAUUUUCAGUACAACAACGUAUCGUUGGGAUUGACGGCAGCGGCUAUAACAGCGCUAAUCUCGAACAGGGAAUAUUCUGCAAGUGUACUUUUCAUGUUAGCGUUAAAUUACAAACAAAUGGAGUUGUACCAUGCCUUGCCAUUUUUCUUCUACCUACUUAAACGGUGCUUCCAAGACGAAGAUGGAAUCAAAUACUUUACCGGUGUUAGACAUGUACUGGAAUUAGGUGUGGUGGUGUUAAUGACAUUCGAAAUCGUGUGGAGUCCUUGGGUGGAUUGUUGGGAUUUGACCCUGCAAGUAAUGCAUCGAAUAUUCCCGUUAGCCAGAGGUGUUUUCGAGGAUAAGGUGGCAAACGUGUGGUGCAUUGUAAACGUUUUCGUGAAGCUUAAAAAUUUCGAAAACUCGCUUAUGGCGCUGAUAUGUAUGCUCUGUACGUUGAUUGCAGUUAUUCCUAGUAGUUCGGCACUUCUCCUUAACAAUUCCAAACGGAAUUUUCUUUUAGCUCUAGUCAAUUCCUCGCUGGGAUUUUUCCUGUUCAGUUUUCAGGUUCACGAAAAAUCUAUACUAAUUGUGACACUACCGAUUAUGCUCAUAUUUCAACUGUAUCCAAUUCCAUGCUUCUGGUUCCUUCAGAUCGCUACAUUCAGUAUGAUCCCACUCUUACAUAAAGACGGCCUUCUAGUUGCUUAUGUAGCCUUAACAGCAUUUACCUUAAUCCUACUCAAAACGGUGUUGUUCGUGAAGAACAACUUCAAGUCACCAAAAAAUGUCAUUUUUCUAGAUAUGUUUAAUGUUCAGUCGUUGUCUAAAAACAACAAAGGCAAAACUGAGCCUGUGAACGUUGCCUGGGUAUACGGAUUCUAUUGUUCUCUUGCGGGCCAAGUGAUACUAUUGCUCGGUUACUUGUGUUUGAAAGCACCGACACAUUUGCCUUUCUUAUGGCCGCUACUCAUCUCGGCUUACAGCUGUGGACACUUUGUGCUGUUCUUUAUCUACUUCAACUAUCUGCAGUUCUGUUCUCAUGGUAAUAAUUAGAUUAGAGAUAAACGUGCCACCAGUAAAACGACUGACAAGCAAAAAGUGAAAUAAAAAAAAACGAUUAGUUUAGAUUCUGA